AUGGAUGACGAAGGAUUCCAUUACAAAGUUAAUAAAACACGUGGUGGUAAACGUUAUUACAUAUGUGCGACACCAAACGUCUAUUGUAAAGGUACGGCAGUACAACUAGAAAAUGGUACCAUAAAACAUAAUAAACCUCACACACAUGGACCAUAUGGUGAAAUGUUUAACCAGCAGGAGGCUAAGAAUGUUUUUCGAGGUACAUUAAUCGAAAGAUCCAAAACCGAGACGUUAGGACUGAGAUCAAUAUAUGAUGAAGAAUCAAUUAGAAAUCCACAUGCAGCCCUUCUCUAUAGUUGGCCAACUGCCGAAUCUUCUAUGCGCCAUGCAAGGAGGCAAUCCCUCCCGCCAUUGCCGUCAACGCUGCGGGAAUUAAGCGAAUAUUUCGAUCAAAAUGCUGAAAAGUAUCAGUGUAAUAACGCUCAGUUUUAUCAGGAGUGGGUUGUCGACAAUGCUGGCAAAUACAGUGUUAUAUAUGCAUGUCAGGAGUUGAUUAGUGCUGUGGUUCGUCAAGGAGCCACAGAACUGCAUGCAGAUGCCACGUUCAAGGUAGUACCAUCCACACCUUAUUGUCGACAACUUUUCAUAAUUCAUUUGAUUUUGCAAAACCACUCCAUACCUAUAUGUUAUGUGCUUAUGGAAGCGAAAACCGAGGCUUCAUAUAGGAAGGUGAUGGAAAGAUUUAAAAUUAAAUUUCCCGAAGUAAAGCCAUUAAUGAUUAUGAUCGAUUUUGAAUCAGCCCUCCGCAAUGUUUUUCUUUAUGUUUAUCCUGAAGCUCAGAUUUCUUCGUGUUGGUUCCAUUUUGUACAGACUUUACAGAAAAACAUUAAAAAAAUGGGCUACUCAGGGUACAUCAAAGAAAACCGUGAGGCAAAAAUGUGCUUACGAAUGUGUUCGGUGUUACCUUUAUUAUCGGCUUAUCAAAUUGAGCAGGGAUUUCAGGAAGUCAAAACCUAUGCGCAAACUCAUGAAGUAAUAUUGCCAAGAUUUUUUACUUACUUUUCAAGUUUUUGGCUUUUAAGAAAAGGCCCAGAAAGCUUUUCUGUGCACAACCAACCACGUCGGACGAAUAACAACGUAGAACGCUUUCAUUCAACAAUGAAACAAAGUUUCCAGGUCAUGCAUCCUAAUUUAUGGACAAUGUUGGAAAAUCUCAACAAUACCAGCAAAAAAAUGCAUGUGGUCGUAGAUCAGUUAUCGCAAGGAUUGCCCACAACAAGAAAUUUGAAAUUUAAAUACAUUUUAAAUUCACAACGCAUAAAAAAUUCAACUGCCUUAUUGAAUACGGGAGCAAUAACCAUUAAAGAGUUUCUUAUUCGUACUUCAUAUAGUACUGAUAGAUAUUUAACAAGAGAGUUACAUUGGCACGAAGAAAUUGAAGAAUCUGAAGAAGAAGUUGAACCAAUGAUCUUAAAUAUGCCCAUAGCCAUAGCUGUAGAUGCAGAAGCAAUUGCAUUAAAUCAUGACGAAGUUGUCGAUCUAGAGGGUAUGUACAAUGCAAUAACUGCUAAAUAA